UGCAUUCAAAAUUAGGUAGGGAUAUUACGGACGUUUACCUGACAUUAUGACCUUCUCAGUCUUGCGAGUCUGUUUAUGAAGGAAUUUUGUUACUUGCUGAUAGCUAAAAAAAUAACAUAACAUGUCUCUAUCUAAGGUUGACAACCCUACUUAUGGCAACAAGCCGCGGCGACGCGUGCGCAUCGAGUAUAUAACUCCCGCGCGCCCGAACUCGCCUCAUUCACAAUCUACAUCUGAUAAAUGAAUAAAGUCUGUGUUAGUUCGUGGCAAUGAUCUACGAUCUCAUGAAUCCACCUGACGUGAAUACUAAUCUCAAAUACGAACUGUGGUGGUAUAGUGACAAUUGGUGUGACAGCCAUUCCCCGCGUUUCGAGCAACAGCAAAGAUAACCCGAGCUUUCCGGACCUUGUAGAUUACGAGAAGUUGCUGGUCUCCUACAAUUGACACAGCUGAUUUCCCAGUGAUUUGAAUUAUUUUGAUAAAGCUAUUGAAUAAUUGAAGUAUUAUAGAGAAAGAACGAAGCAAAGAUGGCUACAGUACAGACUCCACCUGAAAGAAGCCUGUCGGCAACCCUGCCGGUCAGUCAGGAGACUAAUGAUUUAGACCUGGUAGCACUGACGAUGGCAGCCCUACGCUUAGUGAACCCCUGGUCAGUGGAAACUAAGAAUACCUGGUCAAAACGGAUUGAACCAGGGACCCCAGAGGCGAAGGAUCGCGUGAUAACCCUCGCCGAAGUCUCCCUACACGACACGCGCGACGACUGCUGGGCAGUCAUCUACGACAGAGUAUACGACAUCACUACAUUCUUAGAUGAGCAUCCAGGCGGAGAUGAGAUCAUGCUGGAGUACGCAGGCCGCGACGCCAGCACCGCCUUCCGAAGCUCGGGCCACUCGAGCAUGGCUGCCAAAGCACUCGACCGCUUUCUGGUCGGAGAACUGCCCAUGCACGAGCGCAUGUACCGAAGGCCUGGCGGAAUACGCCUCAGCGAUAUACCCGAAUGAGUACAAUUAUUAGUUUUAACCCAAGGUGUGGGUCCAAGAAGAAAAAGGUAUCGUUAGUUUGAAAUUCUUUCUUUAGGGCCUUAAUUUGUUUAGGCGAGGUAGGAAGGAUUUCAAUUCUGACUGAAAUACGCUUUUUAAGUCUAUUGCCUAUGCACCUAGUAUGAUCAUGAUAAAUUCACAUUCGCCCUGUUUAGAAUGCGGAUGGCGGGCGUAUUGAUUAAGUAUGUAAUAUUUAGUACACUCUUUUAUGACAUCCGGGCUGAAAAGUAGUUAGCAUUUAGUAAAUAGUAGCUUAAUUAUAAACGUUAACAGCAAAUUAAUGCGCAACGUUUUUUGUGCAUAGACUUGCACGCAGAUUUUUGUGUAAUAGCUCGUAUCGACGCUACGGUCUUGAUUAUUGAAUAAUUAUUAAAAUAAAAUAUUUAAGUCUAAAUUUUACAAUAGCAGUUGUGAAUUGUAAAUGGUAUUUUUAAUUUUAUCUAGAUAUAGAUAUCAACGAAAGCCACUUGUUGAUGUUAAGCUAAGUAAAGUGUUAAGUGAGUGUUAAGUGAAGUAUGGUGAUCCGCACAGCAACGCAAAAUCUACACUUACAGAUUAGAUACCUUUGCAUUUGCUUUGCGGAUCGCUUAAAGGUGCAAACUAACCACCUUGUCCAGACAUCGAAAUAUUGGACGACGGUAUUAGAACUCAAUUAUCUGGUGAAUCAGAUAAUGCCAAUAACUGAAAGACUGUGACAGGGAUCUGCUCGAAAUUCUAACUCUUAUUGGCCUCACUGAUUCUAUCUCUUUGUAACCCCCGACCCAAAAAGAGGGAUAUAUAAGUUUGACGAGUGUAUCUGUGUAUCUCUCUGGCAUCGUAGCUCCUAAACUAAUGAACCGAUUUUAAUUUAGUUUUUUUUUGUUUG